AUGCUCAAUGCGGCGAGGGAACCGACUGCGCAGGCUGGUGAAAAAGGCUGGAUCAAUAAGCAGCUCCAACUCUGCUUGUCCCAUUUCUUCCAUGUCCUCUCGAACCUUCUCCUUACUUGCCUCUGCCUCUACCCGGUAGAGCGCUUUGCUCACCAAGAACUCUUUUUGAAGAGCAUAGGAUUUUAUGUCGCCAAAGAAUAUUGUUUGGAUGCUCUCAAGCUGAAGGAUGCCUUCUACGACCUCAAAGAGGUAGUCCAGGUUCGGGAAGUACUAAGUGGCCGAGUUGAUUACGACAACAUCGGGAGAAGCUGA